AGCGGACCCGGAAGUUCCGGGUGGAGUUCCGGGUGCCAACGAGUCUUCUGACUGGAGAAAUGGCCACGCUCUGUCUCUUCGACAUGGAUGGGACCUUGACUGCCCCGCGGCAGAAAAUUACAAAAGAAAUGGAUGGCUUUCUUCAAAAAUUGAGGCAGAAGACCAAGAUUGGAGUGGUAGGUGGGUCAGAUUUUGAGAAGCUGCAAGAGCAACUGGGAAAUGAUGUGGUUGAGAAAUACGAUUAUGUGUUUCCAGAGAAUGGCUUGGUAGCGUACAAAGAUGGGAAGCUUUUGUGUAAACAGAAUAUUCAAGGUCAUCUGGGGGAGGCUGUGAUCCAAGACCUGAUCAACUACUGUCUGAGCUACAUUGCAAAAAUUAAACUCCCUAAGAAAAGGGGAACUUUCAUUGAAUUCCGAAAUGGCAUGUUGAAUGUGUCCCCCAUUGGAAGAAGCUGCAGCCAAGAAGAACGAAUUGAGUUCUAUGAGCUCGAUAAAAAAGAACAUAUACGGCAAAAGUUUGUAGCAGACCUCAGGAAGGAGUUUGCAGGGAAAGGCCUCACGUUCUCCAUAGGCGGCCAGAUCAGCUUUGAUGUGUUUCCUGAAGGAUGGGACAAGCGCUAUUGCCUGAGGCACCUGGAGGAAGCUGGCUAUAAGACCAUUUAUUUCUUUGGAGACAAGACUAUGCCAGGUGGCAAUGACCAUGAGAUCUUCACAGACCCCAGAACUGUGGGCUACACAGUGACAGCACCUGAAGACACACGCAGGAUCUGUGAGGAGCUCUUCCCUUAACCGCAGAGGAAUGCACUCCUGGUCAACAACACUGAAAGGGGCAUCGGAUGAUGAAAACAACAAGCCAUCCAGAAUCAUCCAUCUGGGAUAGGACUGAAGACUUCCAUGACAUGCUCCCACUCUGCAGUCUGGUGGAGGCUGGGGCAUGACCAAAGGGCUAAUGUCUAUUUUCAAGCCAGCUUCCCAUCUGUGAGCCGCAGACCCGUGUGAUCUGCCUGAAGUAGAUGGCCAAGUGACAGCUGAUCCCACGGUUUGCACCUCCACUGGCCUGGCCGUCUGUUUGCUACAUCUGAAAGCCAGACUGCUCUCCUGUCUCCAGCAGGAGGGGAAGACAAAGGACCCAACAAACAGAACCUCACUGUGGUCCUCUUUAACCCCCAAGCUGCCCAACCCAGGUAACAGACCCAGUUCCUGAGGCAUCAGAGGCAGCUUCGUGGUCACAGCAACAGGAGCUCCCAGUCUCCAGCCUCUUCUCAGAGUGUACAUGCCUCCCCCAGAACCUUAGGGACAGCCUUCCGUGAUCACUUCCCAGGCACAGCUUCCCAUGCCUGUAAACGGUUCUGCAGCCUGGCUCCUCGUCAUGAGCCUCCAACCACUGUGUGUUUCCAUUGCACUACCCUUGGCUGCCCACAUGGGCACCUGCUGCUGGCCCCUGCACCUCUGUCCAUCCCCUCAGGAGAGUGCCAGGACCUCAGCCUGUGGCAUCCUUGGGUUUUAUGGCAGUGCUGUGAAACACUACAGGGACUGUCCCUCUCUUCUCAGUCAGAUCUCUUUAACCCUCAGUGUCUAAUGGGUGUCUACCCAGGUUUGCAGAGAACUUGGGUUCUGAGGGCCUCUCCCGGCUCUGCUCUAGUGACGCUGGAGCCCCUAUCUGUCCUGGCUGUAGCAGUUCCCAGCCGGCCCAGAGACUGCGUGCUACCUGCAGGUCCGGUGCCUUCUGCCAUGUCAGGUGGACUCCAGGCCUUGCCAGUUCCUAUAGCGGCUAUCACAGAUCCCCUCCCCCACUGGCUUCAUUCAACUGUCCCACCUAAUAAAGGGCCUCUGCUAAGUCAUA